AUGUCUGAGAAGCGAAAGGGCGAUUCCUCGCCCCCUUCCCCCAAGCGUGUCAGGUUGUCUUAUGAUGACGAUCAGCAUGAGAAUCAGUCUUCGCCCUUAAAUCAGGAGCGCCCCCGAAAUAAUCCUGCCUAUGGCCAAAAGAAUGCAUUCCCGGGGUUAGAUGAUGAAGGCGACCAAUUGUUUUACGGGCCCGCAGAGGAUGGAUUAGAAUAUCUGCGCAUGGUUCGAUCCGAAGCCAACUCUCUCCCAUCGCUUUUCUACAAGCCUACAACUGCAAAGGCCCCCGAGCCAGCAUUGAAUGAUAAACAACGUGCACAGACGGCCGAAAAAUCAAAACCAUUUCCGAGAGGCGGCUUCUACGCGGAUGAGGCUUACGUUGCGCCCGUGGAGGAUGUGGCCCCAGUUGUGGACAUGAAUCUUGAUCACCUCUAUUCCGAUGCGCAAAAUUCCUACUACACACUUCUUCGACAUCGAUUCUUGCUCUUGCGAUCGACUCUUCGAUGCAGCCCGCCCGCUGAGGCUAUUAGCGCCCUCGACCAUGCUCACCCUAUCAGCCUGCCUCGAAAUGCUUGGUCGGCGCAUAAGGAAUGGCGUCGUCUAUUGAUUGCAGUCGAUCCAAACAUGGUGCAGCUAGCCUGCAUGGACUCGGAUAGCGUGUUAGAAGUGCUGGAAUUAGUCGCGAGGAUGAUGUCCGACGUUGUGCGAAGUGAAGACACUGAACGCCUACGGCGCAUCGGGGCGUGGGCUUGGGGGUUACUCGGAAAAUGCCGCGAGGUUGGCGAGUUGUCUACCGAGGAUGUUGGUACCAUUCGGAAUCUAGGAAAACGCGCUGCGACAAUUAUGCGAAAGAUACAAGAGACGGAGAACAACCGAUCUCAAGACGAGGAGGAUCCUGAAUCUCUCGAAUCAGAUCUGGAAAUGCUUGACCAGCACGCUGAUCAGCCCAAGGAGAAAGCAAUGCCUGAGACCGCAGAAUCACAAGACCCUAGCACGGUUGAUGCUUCAGAGCACUCUGAGUUGGAGGCUGCCAAGGCGCGCCUGCAAGCUCAAAUCCAGGGCACUUCUGGAACAACUAAAUCUACAGAGUCCUCCAAUGAGGAAUUAUUGACACAGACUCGCUCGUUGCUCGACAUGGUGAUUACCGUGGUGGUCUCGAAUGAACGCUUGCGCGAAGACCGCCGCUGCGGCUUAGAGCAAUACCUCCGCGCAAUCAACGAAUCCGAAGAUGGCCGCUGGCGCACUUCGCCCGCGUGGCGGGCAUUCUUGAACCUGCCCACGGCAGUCGCCUCGAAUAGCAACGGAUCAACAAAUACAUCCACGCGACUCCAUGCAGCCAUCACAGACCCAGGUGCUACAAACGCACCGAUCACGGACCCGACAUUAUGGCUUGACUACUACCGCGACAUGAAGGGCCACCUGCACGAUGCACGACUACAGCUGUCUCGCAGAGACCAGGAAACUACACCACAGAAGCAACACGAAAGCUCAGCACAGGCAAAGAGCUGCCUUGUUCGCUCGGGGACUAUGAUCACCGCACUGGAUGAGGGUCUCAAGAAGAUAGGAAGCGGAGAUAAGUCUUCGACGACACUAGGCGGCGGCGAGAUUCGUCGUCGGAAGGAUCUUCUUAUCAAUGCACGCAAGGAGAAAGAUGGUCUGGAGGAUCUGCUGCAUGCUAUGGCGACAAAGAGCAAGCUAGAUCAUGCUGUAGCAUCUAUUCAAGACAAGGAAGCUUUACUGAGUCCCGGGAACGCGGGUAGUGAUUCGGCAAGUGGUGGGCGCAGAACGCCAGCUCGGACAGGCAGAGUUCUUGGGAAGGAGACCGAACGGACUCGUGAACUUGACAACGAGGGCGUGCUUCAACUUCAGCGGCAGAUGAUGCAGAGUCAGGAUGCAAAUGUUGAUGAAUUAAUGAAGAUCAUCAUUCGACAGAGGGAGCUGGGCACUCAGAUCAAUGAGGAGCUCGAAGUGCAGAAUGAGCUGUUGAAGUUAGCGGACGAGGAGGCAGACAUCCUCAAAUCCAAGAUCGAUAUUGGCAAGAAGAGGAUCGGAAAGAUCUCUUGA